AUGGCGGGUCCCAAGUACCAGCGCGUCCCCGAUCACGACGAAGAGGCGAGCUACAGCCAGCCGCCACCGAGCUAUGAUGCCGAAGCAUCUACACAGGCAGCUUUGUUGGGAGGUGUUCCCAGGAGCGAAGACGACAAUAUCCCCGAUGACUUCAAGUUUGGAGGUGUUGUGAGCGAGGCUACACUGGAUAUUCGCAUGGCGUUUAUCCGCAAGGUCUAUGCUAUUCUGACUGUACAGCUCCUCGCCACCGCGCUCCUCAGCGGUAUCUCUAUGGCGAGUCCUUCAUACAGGACUUGGAUUCAGAAUAACCCAUGGGCGAUGUGGACCUCUCUGAUCGGCUCUUUCGUAUUCCUCGGCCUCACGUUCUGGAAGCGCAAAUCGUAUCCCACCAACCUGCUCUUCCUCGCCGGGUUCACAGCCAUGGAAGCCUACUCCAUCUCCAUCAUCGUGUCCUUCACCGAGAGCAAGAUCGUCCUGGAAGCCGUCAUCCUCACCUUCGGCAUCUUCGUUGCGCUGAGCCUGUUCGCCUGCCAGUCCAAGUACGACUUCACGCACUGGGCGCCAUAUCUAUUCGGCGGAGUCUGGGUACUGAUUCUGUUCGGAUUUAUGUACGCCUUCUUCCCUUACAACAGCAAGGUCGAGCUUGGGUACGGCGUCGUUGCUGCGCUCAUCUUCAGCGGUUACAUCUUGGUGGACACACAGAUGAUCAUGCGCCACUACCAUGUCGAGGAGGAGAUUGCAGCGGCCAUUUCCUUGUACUUGGACAUCAUCAACCUCUUCCUUGCUAUUCUGCGCAUCUUGAACUCCCAAAAUCAGAAUUAGAUUGCUUGAAGUCAAGCGGGAGAAAUGCUUCGGUCAGCUAAGCACCACCAUUGUUCAUUGGACAAUCCAUGGGACUAUCUAAGACGCAGAAAUCAAAAGGUGCGAUGCAAAUUCGGGAAUGGAUAGAUGUGUGGAUGGCUGGAUCGCAUGGAUAGGAGGACAAGGGAAAGGACCUUGAAUCACACUCUGCCUUACAAUAGGGUAGAUUAUUGGAGUUGUGGGAUUUUGGGAUCAUUACAAUAGGCGCAAUGCAGCAUGCUUUUCUUUUGUCUGACACUGAUUCUUUUGGAGAGAAAGGGUUAUGGAGCAUGGUGAGAGGAG